AUUAUAUCAUGUCUCUACUAAAACGGUGAAAUAUUAUAAAAAAAGGUGGCCGUCGUGACUGUUCUCUUAUUUUGAAAACCAUCCGAGAAGUGUUUUGUGCCUUCCUUCACAGCACUCCAGAGAAGCCGGUUAGAUGUCAGUUGCUUUUCAUUUCGGGUCCUUGAAUGAGUUCAUUAUGUGUCAGAUUAAGACUUCUGCUUGGAAGACCUUAUGUUGAUCAUUGUUAAAAAAUGAAUAGCUCAGCGAAGAAUAAUAAGGGUUGUUCUUUAACCCUGACAUUGACUGUGUGCUCAGCUGCUGUUGGAGGAACCCUUCAGUAUGGCUACAACCUGGCCAUGGUCAAUGCACCUACUACCUACAUCCAGGCUUUUAUCAAUGACACGUGUAUGGAGAGGUGGAACACAGCUCUGGACUCCAAUCAGGUGGUCCUGAUCUGGACCAUCAUCGUUUCUGCCUUUUCCCUUGGGGGACUGUUUGGGUCCCUGCUUGCUGGUCCAAUGGCCAUCCGCUUUGGACGCAGACAAACCCUGCUGCUAAAUAACUCCUUCCUUUUGGUUAGUACAGUCAUGGCCCUGAGCAGUCGCUCAGCCAGAUCCUUCGAAAUGAUCAUUGUUGCUCGUUUGCUUGUAGGUGUUAAUGCAGGUGUGAGCAUGAAUGUUCAGCCGAUGUACUUCGGGGAGAGUGCUCCUAAGGCCGUGAGGGGUGCAGUUGCCUUUUCCUCUGCUGUUUUCACAGCAUUGGGAAUCCUCCUGGGGCAGGUGAUUGGUUUGACUGAACUGUUGGGGAGUGAGGCUCUCUGGCCGUAUCUUCUAGCCAGCAACGCUGUGCCUGGUCUGCUCCAGCUGCUCACUCUGCCCUUUUUCCCAGAAAGCCCUCGCUACCUGCUCAUUGACAGGGGGGACAGAGAGGCCUGCAGCCGUGCUCUUACCCGUCUAAGGGGUUGCAAUGUGUCUGAUGCUGAGAUGGAGGAGAUCCUGGAGGAGCAGAAAGCGGUCGGUGAAUCUCGAGCCAAAUCACUGUGGGAACUACUGUGUGAUCGUAGCCUUCGACGUCAGUUGUGCAUUGUCAUGGUAGCCAGCAGCUCAAUGAUGCUUUGUGGGAACGACUCAAUCUACUUCUAUGCUUCAUACAUAUUUCAGGAGGCAGGGAUACCGAAUGAUAAGAUUCAGUAUGUUACCAUUGGCACAGGUGCUUGUGAAUUCAUCGCAGCUGUAAUGUGUAACUUACUGAUUGAAAGACUCGGUCGCCGCCUGCUCCUCGUUGGUGGGUAUGUGCUAAUGGCUGGCUGGGCAGUGGUGUUCACUUUGGCUCUGUCUUUGCAAGGUAAAGUGAGUGGCAUGCCCUACCUGAGCAUGGCCUGUGUCUUUGCUUACAUCCUGAGCUUUGGCAUGGGUCCUGCAGGGGUAACUGGGGUACUGCCCACUGAGCUCUUCAACCACAUGGAUCGACCUGCAGCUUACAUGAUCGCCGGUUCCAUGAUGUGGAUCAACCUGUUCCUGGUGGGAAUGUCAUUUCCUUUCAUAGUCAACAGUCUGGGCCAGUUUUGUUUUAUUCCAUUCUGUGCUGUGUGUGUUGUCUCAUCCAUAUUCCUUGGUCUCGUCCUACCUGAGACAAAGGGGAAGACUACAGCAGAAAUCACAGCGGAGUUUGAGAAACUCAAUCCAAAGGCUUUCUCUAAUUCAACACAGAUUCACUUACAGCUGCAGGAAUCUCAGCAAAUUCUCUGAAUUCUGAUGAUCACUGAAGUUCAAUUAUACCAUGUAUUUUACGUUCUUGUCCUACGUUGCUUUAAAAUAUCAUAUCAAAUUAAAUAAGACGUCUGUGAUGCAUCCUUUUUGUUGAAGGUACAGUCACGUGCUUUUAGAAGCUUAAUUAAACGAGCUUCAUUUAAUUUGCUGGUUGAUUGUAGCCUCACUGUUAGUGUCUGAACAAGUCUGAAUUUUGGACUUUAGUCAUGUUAAAGUUUGAUCAUUUUAUUGCUGCCAAUUUGUGACUGAUAAAAGAAUACUCAGUGUCUGUCUGGGAACAAUAACCUUUACCGCCAGUGACAGUCAGAGGGUAGUCUGAUUUUAUUAACUGUCAAAAUGUGUCAUUUCCAAAUAUAGCUUUAUUUUCCCUUAAUUCGUGUGAUUGUACCAAAAACAAACUAUGCAUGCUGUCUGUGUAUGUAUACAUAUAAAUAUUUUAUUAGUCCAUGACUUAUUUAUGACUGUAUAUGCACUGAUUAAAGCAUUGUGCAGGACAAGUUAUUUAUAAUCUAACUGAAGAUUUAAAAUAUAAAAUGUUUUAUUUUUGCUGUUGUAUAAAGGGAAGGAACUAUAUGCAGUAUGUAAUUUCAAACUCUAAGAUUUUCUUCCAAUAUUUAAAUGCUGCUGCGUUAGAUAUAAAGGUACUCCAUACAUAAACGGUGCCUCCUUUAUUAGGAAUGCUUUGAAAAAACAAAAAUUUUUGUUAAAGCAUGCUGAUAAAUACACUACACAUAACUGUGAUGCCUUUAAGCAAAUUGCA